UUUGCUAAACCCACGAACCACGCUGCUACGCACGACGUUAACCUUCUCAUCACCGACUACGUUUACCACACCCACUGCUGUUUUAGUCGACGGCGGCGAACCUCGCCUACGAGAGAGGUUGCAGUCAUGGUGCUAGAAAAUGGUAAGAGGAAGAAUCCAAACAUUCUGGUGACUGGAACACCGGGGACUGGAAAGACAACCAUGUGCACUACUCUAGCGGAAGCCACCCAACUCUGCCACAUCAAUAUUGGAGAAUUAGUCAAAGAAAAGAACUUGCAUGAUGGUUGGGAUGAGGAGCUUGAUUGUUACGUUCUUAAUGAAGACUUGGUCUGUGAUGAACUUGAGGAUGUAAUGGAAGAAGGCGGAAACAUUGUGGAUUACCAUGGCUGUGAUUUCUUUCCUGAGCGAUGGUUUGAUUGUGUAGUUGUACUUCAAACUGAUAAUACCAUUUUGUAUGACCGUUUGAGUAGGAGGGGGUACAAAGAUUCAAAGCUUUCAAACAACAUUGAAUGUGAAAUCUUCCAAGUUCUGCUGGAGGAGGCUAAAGAUAGUUACUCGGAGGAGAAAGUGAUUGCAUUGAAGAGUGAUAAUAUCGAUGACAUUAGUAGAAAUGUUGCAACUCUGACAGAUUGGGUCAGAAAUUGGUCUUUACCCUCACAAUCUUAACAAAAUUAUAGUAGUUUGUAUAUAGCCUUUUUGCAUGAGUGUGGUGAAAUGUCAUGAUGAACUGCUACCGGUAGCAGAUCUGCAGUGUGGUUAAAUUUUCUUACAAAUUUUGGUAUGGCGUGUAUCCAAGGCAUUUAAGUUAUGGGUUUUAAAUUUGACAAUUGAAAGGAUAAUUUUGCUGAGUUGU